AUGGCUACGCGAAUGCAACCCGUCUCAGUCCCUCCCCCGGCCGCCAACUUGUGCGACUAUUGCCACCAGAAACCCAAGUUCUCCAACCACGCCUUCUGCUCGAAGACCUGCGCUACGCAAGCUGCUGCCCUGUGCAACCAUUGUCACAAGAAGCCCAAGUUCCAGAACUUUGAUUACUGUGGCAAGAACUGUGCCAGCCUCGCUAAUCCCGGUGGUGGCAAACCCACCGCUGCUCCUGCUCCUGGUGUUCGAGGAAAUGGACCCGCUGGGAAGAACAAUGCUGGUGCACGGGGCCAGCCGCAACAGCAGCAGCAGGCUGCCUUUGAUCCACUUCAGAUCGCCAAGCUCGUCGUGCAACAGAUGCCUCAAGUUCAAGCUUUGCUAAACGGUGCCGCUGGCGGUACCAACGGCGUUACCACCAACAACGCCGCCUACGCCCAGGCUAACGGCGGCUACGCUCAACCACAAGGCAUGCCCCAAGCAGCCCAAUACGCACCACAACCCGCGCCGAUGAACAACCCCUUCCUAAACCCCGCCAAUGUUUAUCACAGUAGCCAACAACAGCGGAAUGGGGUUCAGCAGCAGCAACAACAGAAACAACACCAUGGGUACCAGCAGCAGCACCAUGGCCAGCAGUAUCAGCAACAACCUCCCGACGAUCUUGAGUGCCUUAUCCCUGGCUGCGGGAAGCCUGUCCACGUUGACGCGAAAGGCUUGAAGACGAGCGAUUACUGCUCACAGAGGCAUCGCGAGGAAGCCGUCGCUUCGGGCCUCGUCGCGCCCUGCAUCAUGUGUCUCACCCGCCCACAAAGCCGUACCGAUUACUUUUGUUCGAGGACGUGUAGGGAGGAGUCGUUGAAUAAGCAUUAUGAAGCUACGAUGGAUGAGGAUAAUGCUGAUGGGGAUGAAGGUGAUGCGUUGGAUGAUGGGGAUGCCGGUCAGGAUGCGCUGGGACUAGUAGGACAGGGUGGUGCUGUCAGUUCGAGUGGCGGGUACACUGUGACGGCGAAUGUUCAGAAUGGAAACAUGAAUGGACUCGCAGGGGGGUUGUUAAUGAAUCCUAGUGCGGGUGUGGGCGUGAAUGGAGUUGGUGGUAGCGGUGCUGGGAUGGGUGCGAAUGGGAAAAUUGUGGGUGUCAAUUGA